GCGCGCGUGCGCACUCCGCAGCCCAUUCAGGACCCCGGCGCCGCAGGGCGCCCACGAGCCAGCGAGCGGGUUGCGCUCUCUUUCCUUUCCUUUUCUUCCCUUCCCGGGACCUUGGGUCGCGGUUACUUGGGCUGGCCGGCGAACCCUUGAGUGACCUGGCGUGGAGCGGGCCUGGUGCGCCUGGAGGGCCCUGUGGAGCGGAGAGUAGGCAGGGGAGGGGCGGCGGAGGGGUGCGAGGUUGGGGGCGACGCGAUGAAUGAAUCGGAACGCGGGGCGGGGAGACGCGGGAGCUGGAGGGCACACAGCAUGGCAGAAAACCGAGAGCUCCGAGGUGCCGUGGAGGCUGAACUGGAUCCGGUGGAGUACACGCUUAGGAAAAGGCUUCCCAACCGCCUGCCCCGGCGGCCCAAUGACAUUUAUGUCAACAUGAAGACUGACUUUAAGGCGCAACUGGCCCGCUGCCAGAAGCUGCUGGACGGAGGGGCCCGGGGUCAGAACGCGUGCUCUGAGAUCUACAUUCACGGCUUGGGCUUGGCCAUCAACCGAGCCAUCAACAUCGCGCUGCAGCUGCAGGCGGGCAGCUUUGGGUCCUUGCAGGUGGCUGCCAAUACCUCAACUGUGGAGCUUGUUGAUGAGCUGGAGCCAGAAACGGAUACACGGGAGCCGUUGACUCGGAUCCGCAACAACUCAGCCAUCCACAUCCGAGUCUUCAGGGUCACACCCAAGUAAUUGAAACGGCACUCCCCCACUUAUCCCCUCCCCGGUGUGGCUCUUAUCAUACUGGACCUCGAACCAGAGUCAUGGAAGAAAAGGCCUGUCCCUGGAAACCCAAAGGACUCCGUAUUGAGGGUGGGGGUAAUUGUCUCAGUGGGCCCAGUUAGUUGGUCUUCCUGAGUGUGUGUGUGGUAACUAUUGUCAUGUAAAUAAAAAAUACUGUUGCACUAGUG